AUGUCUAAAAUUCGACGAGAAACAAUUAAUAAUAUACUUAAUAAAGCAUAUACAUUAACAUAUAAUAAGAAUGAUUUAGAUAAAACUUAUGAAUCAAGAAAAAAAAUAAUUUUUGAUGAAACAUCACUUACAAAAGAAGAAAAAUCAGAAGCUAUAAGAUUAUUAAAUAAAUAUUAUGAUUAUAAUAAAAUUCAUCAUGAUAAUACUAAAAAAAGAAUUUGUAAUAAUUGUGAAAGAAAAUGUUUAGCAACAUUAUAUUGUGAAUAUUGUAUAAAAGAUUAUUUAAAAUCAAAUUUUUUAAAUUGGACAUCUGGUAAUAUUGAUAUUGAUAAUUUAAUACAAAAUUGUCAAAUAAAACCUUUUUCUCCUCAAAAAAUUAUUGAAUGGAUUUCUUUUAAUAAAUUACAAAAUAUUAAAUGUUUAACUAAUAGUGGUUAUUCUGAAACUUAUUCAGCUGAUUGGAUUGAAGGAAAUUAUAAAAAAUGGGAUCUUAAAGAUCAACAAUUAAAAAGAUCUGGAACUAAAAAAGUUAUACUUAAAAAAUUGGUAAAUGUUGAACUUGCCAAAGAAAAUUGGUUUGAAGAGGCAAAAUCUCAUUUAAUGAUAAGUAAUAGAUGGAAUUCUAUUGCUAAAUGUUACGGUCUAACUCAAAAUCCAUUAACUGGAAAUUAUAUGCUUAUAAUGAAACAAUAUGAUAUGGAUUUAAAAAGAUAUUUACAACAAAAUAAUAAUCAAUUUAAUUGGAAAGAAAGAAUUAAGAUUAUUAUUCAAAUAACUAAAGCACUUUCAAGAAUUCAUAAAGAAAAUAUAUCUCAUAAAAAUUUACAUUCAGGAAAUAUAUUAUAUUCACAUCAUUAUAAUUAUUGGUAUAUUAGUGAUCUUGGUUUUUGUAAUCCUGCCGAUAAACCAUUAAAAAGUAUUUAUGGAAAUCUUUCUUAUAUAGCUCCUGAAGUUAUUUCUGGAAAAGAAUAUAGUCUUGCAUCUGAUAUUUAUAGUUUAUCAAUGCUUAUGUGGGAAAUUUCAUCUGGACAACCACCUUUUAUUAAUUAUGAAAAUGGAGAUUAUUAUCUUGCAAUAAAUAUUGUUAAUGGUAUGAGACCAAAAUUUGUAUCAGGAACUCCUGAAAAUUGCAAAAAAUUAAUGGAAAAGUGUUGGAAUGCUGAUCCAUCAAAAAGAUUUAAAAUUAAUAAAUUUAAAAAAAGAAUAACGGAAAUUAACAAAUCAUUUUAUAAUCAAAAAGAAAUUGAAAUACAAAAAUCAAAUAUAAAUUCCAUAGAUUAUAAUAGAAAAUUAUGUAGUAAAAUGUAUAGUUUUAACGAUAUACCUGAACCAAAAAAUGCUACUAAAGAACAACAACACGGUAAUUAUUAUUAUUAUUAUUAA